UUUUUGUUUUGGCAGUGGCCGGAGAGGUCACACGAAAAAAUUAUUAAAAUGAUCGGGGUCCGCUGCGUACUUUUGUUGCUACUCGGUGUGGUGGCCUCCACCCAUGGAGCUAACAUUUUGGGGCUCUUCAGCAGCCACAGUCCGUCGCAUCUCAUCAUCCACAUGUCGGUGGCCAAGGCACUGGUCGAGGCUGGACACAAUGUGACUGUGGUGUCCAUGCUGAAGCCCAAGGUGAUGCACAAGGACAUCCACCUGAUUGUGGUGCCUAUGAAGGAGGAACAGGAGCGCACCAUGGAAAGCCAAAUGACUGAAAUGGCCGGGCAGAAGAACUCACUUGUUAGCACCAUGCAUCGCCUUCUAACAAGCAUGGAUGUGAUGAUCAAUGCCCAGGCGGAGCUCCUCUCCGAUCCUCGGUUCCAGCGCAUUUACGAGACCAAAUUCGAUUUAAUGAUUUUGGGUUACUUUAUCAACGACUUUCAACUGGGGGUCGCCCAUAAGCUAAGUGUCCCGGUAAUCAUUGAUUGGAUGUCGGCACCUGUUCCGGCAAUUGAUUCGUAUACGGGUAAUCCCGCGGAGUUAUCCUACGUGCCCCUCAUGGGAACUGUGGCCACGCACCCCAUGGGCAUCCUAAAGCGAGCUGAGAACGUGGUGAAGUCCCUGUUUUUCGACUUUAUUUUUGCUGUGUUUGAUUACAAAAUUACACGAAUUUAUAAUGAUGUCUUUCCGGAACAAGAAAUGCCAUCUUUGAAGGAGUUAAGGAAGAAUAUAUCUAUGGCCUUUGUCGGGUGCCACUUAAUCAGUGAAGGACCUAUUCGACCCCUGGUGCCUGCCAUUAUCGAAAUCGGAGGUAUACAAGUGAAGGAAAAGCCGGAUCCUCUGCCCAAGGAUAUCGAUCAGUUCCUAAGCAAGUCCCAGAAUGGUGCGGUCUUUCUCUCUCUCGGCUCCAAUAUCAAGAGUUCUACUGUAAGGCCAGAAAUCGUUCAGUCUAUCUUCAAGGUCCUGUCUGGACUGAAGGAGAACGUUAUCUGGAAAUGGGAGGACUUGGAGAACACACCCGGUAACUCAUCCAAUAUCCUCUAUAAGAACUGGCUGCCCCAAGAUGACAUACUGGCCCAUCCGAACACGAAACUGUUUAUAACACAUGCUGGAAAGGGCGGCAUUACGGAGGCCCAAUACCAUGGCGUGCCAAUGGUGGCUUUGCCGAUCUUUGGAGAUCAGCCCGGAAACGCCGCCUUGAUGGAGAAAUCUGGAUAUGGGGUGGCACUGGAUUUGCUGUCGAUAACGGAGGACAGUCUAAAGGAUGCCCUGAAAAAGGUUCUGGAAGAUCCAAAGUACAGACGAGCUAUCGGCCAAUUCUCUUCCUUGUACAGAGAUCGACCCCUGACUGCCAAGCAGUCGGUGGUUUUCUGGACUGAGUACAUCCUGAGGCAUCAUGGAGCACCCAACUUGCAGAGUCCAGCGGUGCACAUGAAUUUCAUUCAGCUUAACAAUCUUGAUAUUUACGUUUUAAUUCUGACGAUUCUGGUCUUGUUUGUGCUCCUUACCCGACUAGUUGCGAAAAUCGUGUGGAAUAAAUUUGGGGGAAAGGCAAAGAUUUCGAAUACGAAAAAGCUACAAUAAAUUAAGUUACACUAAGAAAUAAAAUUAAA